AUGACCGAGAGAACGAGAGAACUGCUACCAAAGUCUCUGCUUCCAACCCAUUACGGUAUCAGGAUUUACAAUGUGGACGUGGCCUCAGACAGCUUUGACGGCUAUGUGGAGAUAUCCAUGGAUGUGGCAUCUCCCACUGAUGAAUUGGUGAUCAAUUCGAAAUAUUUGGAAAUCAAAAGUGUCAAACUCACUCACAGCUCGUUGAAGACCACCUCUGCAAUUGAAGUGGGGCAAAUUAGUUAUGACGAGAAAAAAGAGACUGUCACCUUUAAACUGUCCCAAGAGGUAACGGCGGGGAAACUGAUUGCGGCUAUCCAAUACUCUGCUAAGCUCCGCGAGGAUAUGACUGGUUUUUUCAAAUCGCCAUAUCAAAACUCGGAAGGAAAAACUGAAUAUCUUCUUGUUACUCAAUUCGAGGCCACUGACGCCAGAGCUGCGUUUCCAUGUUUUGACGAGCCCAAUCUGAAGGCUACAUUUGACGUUACGGUUGUGGCCGACGAGGACUUGACCGUUCUCUCAAAUAUGCCCGUUGCCGGUUCUAAGACACUUGAUAGUGGUAAAAAGGGCUCCAGUGGACCGAAUACCUUAAAAGAGGUCAAAUUCGAGACCACUGUGAAAAUGAGCACGUACCUGUUGGCAUGGUCAAUUGGUAAGCUCGAGUACGUGGAGGCCUUUACAAAAACUGCGGUCAACGGGAAGCAUAUUCCAGUGAGGGUUUACACACUUCCUGGACUAAUCAAGGAUGCCAAGUUUGCUCUGGAUACAGCUACCAAAACGGUGGACUAUUUCACUGAGGUUUUUGAUGUUGAUUACCCGAUCCCCAAGUUGGAUUUGUUGGCCACGCCUACUCAUGGCUCUAAUGCUAUGGAGAACUUUGGAUUGGUGACUUUCCGUACUUCUGCAAUCAUUUUUGAUGAGAGUUCUGCCGACUUCAAGUACAAAAAAAGAGUAGCGUACAUCGUUGCACAUGAGCUAGCUCACCAAUGGUUUGGCAACCUGGUGACCAUGGAUUGGUGGGACGAACUAUGGCUCAACGAAGGAUUUGCUACUUAUGUCGGAUAUUUGGCAGUGGACCAUAUUUAUCCUGAUUUCGAGAUAUUCACCGACUUUGUCUCCGAGGCGUUGGAGGCAGCUUUGGAGCUGGACAGUCUCAGAAGCUCUCAUCCGAUCGAAGUCCCCAUAUACUCUGCCCUCGAAAUUGACCAAGUUUUUGAUCCCAUCUCCUAUUUGAAAGGCGCCAGUAUCAUCAGGAUGUUGGGUUCGGCUGUCGGCGUCGACAAGUUUUUGAAGGGUGUUUCCAUCUACCUCAAGAAGCAUGCCUUUGGAAACGCUACCACUGAAGAUCUCUGGACCAGUGUCUCUGAAUCUGUUGGAUAUGAUAUCAACAAGCGCAUGAAUGUUUGGACAAAAAAACAAGGGUUCCCGUAUGUGACUGUAAUGGAGAAGGAAGACGAUUCCAAGUCCGUGGUAAUUUCUCAGCACCGUUUUCUUGCAAGUGAUAAUCUCACCCCAACUGAGGACGAGGCUCUGUGGUGGAUCCCUCUUUCACUAGAGGGCAAUCAUGACCAGGCUAAUUUGGCGUUGGAUUCGAGAAGGAAGGUCUUGGAAUCUCCUGGUUCGAAUAAAUUCAACAAAGGUACCACGGGUGUUUAUCGUGUUAUCUACGAGCCUCAGAUCCUUGAACAAAUUGCGUCAAGGUUUGGCUCUCUUCCUGCGGAGGACAAGAUUGGUUUGAUUGCCGACACGACUGCGGCUGCAUCUGCUGGUUUGAUUAAUAUUUCAUCUGUGUUGUCGUUCUUUGAUGGCAUCAAGGCAGGGGACAUCAAGGAGUACGCUGUCUGGGCAGAGCUUGGGAAACAGAUCACUGCAUUGAGUACUGCUUUUGGCAGUCAUCCAGACGUGGCAGUUCCUUUGAAAAAGUUCAUUCAGAAGGUAUACUCGACUGGAAAUGGUCUCAUUACUUCGUGGGAUGAUGACUUAAAGCUCAGUGUCGCUCGUCCUCUUCUCCUUGAGCAUUCCGGUUUGUUCGGUGUUCCUGAAGCAAUUGAGCAGGCAAAGAAGCUUCUCAAAUCUGGAGUAAAAUCAAACUUGAAGCUAGCUGUCUGGCAAACACUUCUUUCCAACAAUCCAAGUCGUGAAGAGUUUGAUAUUGUCCUGAAAGAGGCUCACGAACCUGAAUCUGCAUCCUCUCAUGAAAUAGCACUUGUUGCUCUUGGUUCUAUCAACUCAGUCAAACAUGAGUAUGGAGAUGAGGUGCUCAAACUUUUCUUGAGUCCAGCUGUUCCUCAGAUGGAUGCUCUUUAUCUUGGCAAAUCAUUAUCGUCUAACCCUGCUAUGCGUCUGAGGUUCUGGGGCUUUUUCAAAGACAAUUAUAGUACUGUCUUUGAAAAGUUCUCCAAUUGGACUUUGGACAGGUUCAUCAAGGAUACUCUGGAUAAAUUUUCGGACUCCCAGCUCGUUGAUGAGGUUCGCGAGUUCUUUGAGAACAAAGACGUUGCUGCCUUUGAAAGAAGGCUCAACCAGGCUUUGGAGUUGAACAGCGUUCGUAUCGCAUGGGUGAACAGGUCUAUUCAUGAUGUUAAGGAAUGGCUUAUCAAUAACGGGUAUUAG